UUUUUCACGUACAAAUAUAUAUACGGAAAGAAAAGCUCUAUAUCCCUCAAACAAAGGAGGAAAAAAUAACACAGAACAGCGUUUGAAGUUCGGAGAAAAAUGGAGGAUGAGAUGGUGUCGUACGAGGAUGUGGUGACGUCGAUGAUUCAAGAAGGUUGGUCGACGCCAACACGUGGGGAGUGUCGGAUACCUGCUGUGCAAGCUUGUCCGCCGCCGCCGCCGAAGAAGAAGCCGUUUACUUUAGGGAAGAAAAGGCCGGAGCCGCCGAAGAAUGGGUAUUUUCAACCGCCUGAUCUUGAGAUGAUUUUCUCAAUGGGUACUAGAAGGCAAGCUUGGGCUUAAUUAGCGUAGCAGCUAAGUAAUAGCUCUUAGUUAGCGGGAAUUUGGAAGUAACUUCUGUUGUUUGUUUGUUUUUUUGUUGAUUGACUUGGUUAUUUUUUGGUUUGUCGGGUCAACAAAAACAAAAAUGUUUAUAUUGUAAUGUCUGUAAUUAAAAUCUUCAAUGUAAUGUAUCUGUAUAAUCUAUGAUGCUUUUCUUUUUGGCCUGAGUAUAAACUUUGAUGUUUAGUGA